GGAAAAUAACAACCCGAGUCCUCCGCCUUCGUUUGCAGCAGAGCGGAUCAUGCAGAGCGGACAGCAGUCUCCUGGGCGAUUUGAACCUCCGUCAGGUUCUUCAUGCUCGUCAGUAAACGAGCCGCAACAUUUGGUGCUAGCCACGGAGGCCCUGCUGUGCCUCAAGGACACUGCUAGUUUUCUCCAAGCCGACGUUCUGGAGCUUUCAGAGACCUUGCUGCUCCACCUCACCGAAGAACUAGACCAACACUUGGCACAGCUGGAGAUCGACGCCAGAGGUUCGUGCAACCAAAUGCACUACGCGUGUUUGCAGCAGGCCGGGGAGGGAGCCGGCGGAGUCGGAGUGAGGGUCGGAGCAAGCACGAUCUUGUCCUCAGGUAGUUGCAAAAGAAGU